AAAAAUAAUGAAAGUUUUUAGUCUUGUAGCAUUUGCUGAUUUUUAACCAUAUGCUCUAUUAACAAUUUGUUGAAAACCAACUCGCAAAAAAAAAUUUAUUAUAUAAAGUUUUCAAUUAUUAAAACAGAUAAUUCAUAAGGAGACAUUCAAUAAUAAACUUUGAGUAGCUACAAAUAUAAUGCAUGCAGAAAUGAUCUUUUUUGGUCAUAAUUAUUUAGCUUGAAAUAAUUAUCUGUGAGAACCAUGAUCAUAUUAACAGGUUAGUAAAUCUAAGGUGACAAUCAAAGUAAUUUACUCAAUUUCAUUAGUCUAGAAAGUAGAUCUAGGAGUGAAUUCAAAACACUUUUUAGAAGAGAAUUAUACUAAAACUUGUUAGUGAUCUUAACUUUUCUUUAAACUACAAUUUUAGAAAUAAAUAAAAAAUUAGAAAAAUGUUUUGCUUAUUGCCUAUGAUUUAAAUGGCUACACUGUUAUUUUUUACUGGACAUAUCUAUUUUUAUGAAAUAUAAGACCCUUUGAUGUUGACUAUUGGUAUUAUUAUAUAGAAUUUUUACCCGAUAAUUAAUUAUUGUAGUGCUUGUUGUAUAUAUAUUUAAAGAUAGUCGCGGUUAGCGUCAGAUUUCCCAAUCUUUAUUUCUUUGUAUUACUGUUGUUAUUUAAGUCUUAACCAGAUGAGGGCGUUUGUAGAUAAUUCGCUUUUCUACAAACUAAGUCGGCUCUUCCAUAAAGUGUUUUAAAGAAUACAUUUUUUUUUAAUACGUUUUAGUGAGAAAAUCUUAUAUUGACUUCUCUAAUAUUUUUUAUAAUUUACUAUUUAUUUAUAUUUAUAGAAAAUGUAUACCAACUAUCAAAAGCCAAUCUUUGAACGUGACAAUAAACAAACAAAACCAAGAGAUAAAAUUCCGGCUUAUGCUCACUCACGUGGAGUUGAAUUGCAAUUUAAUAAAAGUAUAUACCCUAAUGUACCAAACACUUAUAAUGUAAGAAGACAUAAUCUUCAAGUACAUUAUCCUGUUGUUCCCGAUUUUGAGUUACCAAAUGAAGAACAAAUUUAUUAUUAUGAACAAUUGAUGAUGAUGAGUAAUGAAAAAAUAGUCCUCAAUAGAUUUCUAGAAAAUAAAGGAAAUUACCAGUUUCAUACUGAAAUUCAAAAUAAAAAUUAUGAAUACUGUCAAAAUCAAUUUGUUAAACAUAAUAUGCAGAGAAAGCCUACACAAUUUGAAACAUUGCCAUUUUAUAAGAUAUGUUUUGAUUUGAUACAAAUACCUACUAGAAAUUUACAAUGGAAAUUAAGCUUGAUUAGUAAGCUAUCAACAGAUCUUCGUUCUGAAAUUUGUCAAACAUAUAUUAAUUUAUGGUUACACUAUAAAAGUUUUAUGCAAAGCGAAGAUUUGGGCACAUUGAAGAUGUGUAGUAAAAUGAUUUCUCACGGAAGACCUAUAUCUGAAACUGAAUUGUUUUACCUUACAAUUAGAGAUGACUAUUGCAUGGCAACUCAAAUUUUGAUUUUACUAAAGAAUGUAUUGCCUCAAGAACAUAAUUCAUUUAUGAACCUUUUAAAAACUUUGGAAUUAUGGAAAGACCAAGUACAAAAAAUUAGUAAUGUACUUAAUGCAUACGACUUGACAGUUCAAAAUAAUUCAAUAGAAAACACGGAUCUACUAGAUUUGUUAACUAAAAGCUAUACCAAAAUUAAGCACUAUAUUGCUAUAUAUUUUGACUUAUUAAUGGACAAAAAAUCCAGAGAACAUCAUAUGAAGGAUGAUUUGUUAUGUUGUCAAUGGUAUUUAAUGAUUGGUGGUAACAAUUAUUAAUUAUCCUAUAUUAAGUAAAAGUAAUUAAAUUGUGAAUUUUUCUUUUUUAUAUUUUUCAUACAUUGUUUAAUGACAUUUAAUUAAUAUUUUUUGUUUUAUUUUCAUUUCUUUUUGUAAAACUGUAUUUGUUAAAAGCCUGGAAUUGAAAUAUUUAAUUGGAUUUUUAUUUUAAUUCAUAUUUGAUGUCCAAAAAAUCAAAAAAAAAUUUUAUACUUUGAUAAUAUUGAAAUUUUAAUUGGAAACAUUUGUGUAUAUAUUAAGGACAACUUAGGAGUUUUUAUGAUGGAAAAAAUUUAUGUUAUUUCUCCGAGUGAUUUUAAAUAAGCGUUAUUCUUGCUUGAAAUUUUAUGUAUCAAAACAAUAUUAAACAGUUUGUAAUGUAUUAUAUAUACAUAUACAUAUUUUCAUUUUA